CUCUCUCUCUCUCUCUCUCUCCUCGAUGGAUGAAAGAGAGCUUUCAUCAUUCUUUGAGGAAAACUACCAUAAGAACUCUUCCUUGGGAGAUGUCUCCUUCGACCCAUCUCUAUGCAUGGCGAGUUUAACCGGUUUCUUGCAAAGUUCAAUGGAUUAUAACCCGUUAGAGAGUAUCAAUAUCUCACCUUAUGGCUCUUCACUCGAACCCAUUUCCCCGUCCAUGGACCAUUCCGACCGCAGCCUUAAUGCCGGUCCGAGUUCUCCGGCCUCGUCUUCCACAAGCGAGGCUGACCCCGACGAGACCAAGUGUCGGAACACGGACAAGGAGGCAGAAGAUGCCGGUGGAAGCUCCAAGAAACCGGCAAAGGCACCGAAAACUAAAGGGGAGAAGAGGAUGAGGGAGCCUCGGAUAGCAUUUAUGACUAAAAGCGAGAUCGAUCAUCUUGAAGAUGGAUAUCGAUGGAGAAAGUACGGACAAAAGGCCGUCAAGAACAGCCCUCAUCCUAGGAGUUACUAUAGAUGCACGACGCAGAAAUGCGACGUGAAGAAACGGGUGGAGAGAUCGUUCCAAGAUCCGUCGGUCGUGAUCACGACGUACGAAGGAAAACACAAUCACCCGAUCCCGACGACAUUGAGAGGAAACCCGUCUUCCGGAAUCUUCUCCCCUCCUUUCCUCGGCCACGGCGUCGGAUUUCCGACCCUCCACCAAGAUCUUCUUACGCAUCCUCAGUUUCCGUACCACGCCGGAGCAACGGCAAGCUCCGUGUACGGACAGAACCAUGGCUAUAACAACAAUCGCCAAUCUCAACAACAAGCUGCUGGUUAUGGUCUCUUACAAGACAUUGUCCCUUCCAUGUUCUUGAAGCCUGAACCUUGAGAUACAUGCAUACAUGCAUACAUACAUACAUACAUAUAUAUAUAUACUACACCCUUUUCAUGCUAUAUAUUGUUCAAUAUGUAUCUAUAUAUAUGUAUGUAUAUAUAUAUAUAUAACUAUAGAGAGAACUAAUGUCUAAUAUUAUAGGAUCCGACUCUUCAUAUGGAUUUUGCAUUCGGGAUUUGCUUGGUUCGAGUGCUUAUAGUUCGGAUUCCGACCGAAGAGAAGUUCGAAAGAGUUCGGUCGUACGGUACAAAGCUCUUUAUCAAAUGUAUCUUUCCUCUUCUU